AUGCCGCUGCAAAGCCACCGCGCCAUGGAUCUCGACCUCGCCGUGCAAGUCACCUGCCCGCCCGUGCCCGACGAGGACUUCGCCUUCGCCACCACCGAGACCGAUGCCGCCUUCCUCGUCCUCGCCCACCUCCCUGGCUACGCGAAGGACGAGAUCGAUGUCCGCGUCGGCGAGGCCGGCACGGAGGUCGCCGUCGUGUGCGCGAGGAAGGAUGCGUUCUCGGUGGAGGCCGCAGUGGGGAGGGUGCGGGUGGCGCACCGGCAGGUGGUCGAGGGGUUUCGCCGGGUGUUCGACGUGCCGGCGGGAGUCGAGGUGGACCGGAUCACCGUCGGGUACGAGGAGGACGACGAGCUGCUCGUCGUCAUCAUGCCCAAGCUUCUGCCAGCCCCGCCGGGCGACAGCGACCGGGAGGCGCGACUCGACGUCGACAGCGCGGACUGCGACUGCGAGUCGUCUGGCGUGGGAAUCGAGGUCGAGUCCGAGCCGGAGCCGGGGGACGUCGCGGUCGAGAUGGAGCUGGAGAUCGACGACGAGGCGUCGAGCCUCGAGAUGGGGCAUGAGGAUUGGGUCUACGUUGAAUCGGAGGAGUCGGAAGAGCAAGAGCCCGAGCCGCCGCCACGCGACGUGCCAGCGGAGACGCUCGUGCCGAUACAGGAGCCCGAGUUGGAGCCGGUGGUUACGGAGGUGGCCGUGGAGACGCCGGUGGAGGUGGAGGAGGAGCGCGACGUGCCGGUGGAGACGCCGGUCCUGGUCGAGGCCGAGCCGCCGGUAAUCGACAUCGAGUGCGACGUCGUGUUUGAGCCCGCGUACCAGGAGCCGCUGGUGGAGACGCCGAUCAAAGUGCUCGGGCCGCCGCACGGCGAACCUGAGCCACCGGCCGACGUGCCAAAUCCGCCGGUCGACAUCCCGUGCAACGACGAGUGCGAGCCCGAGCGCCGUGCCGCACCGGCCGUCCUGCAGGAGGAACCCGAGGAGCCAAAGCCGCCGGUGGUUGAUCAACCGGUGCAAGAGCCACAUGCCCAAGAACCGGUGCAAGAGCCGCCACAGGUGGAGGCGCCCGCUGAAGAACCGGUGCAAGAGCCGCCACAGGUGGAGCAGUCCACCUCAGGACCGGUGGAAAAGCCGCCGCCGCUCGAGCUGCCUCAUGAACCACCGCAAGGGCCGCCUACCAAAGAACCCACCGUGCAAGCGACGCCGACCGCCCAAGAACCAGAGCCACAUGCCCAAGAACCGGUGCAAGAGUCGGCACAGGUGGAGGCGUCCGCUGAAGAACCGGUGCAAGAGCUACCACAGGUGGAGCAGCCUGCCGCAAGACCGAUGGAAGAGCCACCACCGCCAGGUAGGCUCUGGCGGUGGCGGUGGCGGUGGCGGCGGCGGCGGCGAGGGAGUCGCAGGUUCCCGCUGGGCAUGGUGGUCGCUCCCACGGUGAUACUGCUCGGUCUCUUGGUGGUUGCAGCCAGGAGGCGGCGGCAGCAGCUUGGGGCGGCGGCUGCGCGAUGA